AUGGCUUCUCCUACUUCUCGGUUAUCUCUUUUAACGUUCCUCUCUGUUUCUUUCGUGUUUUUUCUUGUUUCUGUCGCAUCCUCAUCGGACGCUCCACGAACCUACAUAAUCCACGUGGCGCAAUCGCAGAAGCCCACGCUUUUCUCCACUCACCACCACUGGUACACAUCCAUCCUCCGCUCCCUCCCUCCCUCCCCCCACCCCGCUACCCUUCUCUACACCUACUCUGCCGCCGCUGCUGGCUUCUCCGUCCGCCUUACACCCUACCAGGCCUCCCACCUCCGCCGCCACCCCGCCGUCCUCGCCGUCGAGCCUGACCAGGUUCGCCAUCCCCACACCACUCACACCCCGCACUUCCUUGGCCUCGCUGACUCCUUCGGUCUCUGGCCAGGCUCCGACUACGCUGACGACGUCAUCGUUGGCGUCCUCGACACUGGAAUAUGGCCGGAGCUCAAGAGCUUCUCCGAUGACAACCUCUCUCCGGUUCCCUCCACGUGGAAAGGAUCCUGCCAAGUCUCACGCGACUUCCCCGCCUCCUCCUGCAAUAGAAAAAUCAUCGGCGCCAAAGCGUUCUAUAAAGGCUACGAAGCCUACCUCGAAAAUCCUAUUGAUGAAUCCGCCGAAUCGAAGUCCCCGCGAGACACCGAAGGUCACGGCACACACACCUCUUCCACCGCUGCUGGCGCCGUCGUUUCUAACGCGAGUUUGUUUCACUACGCGCAAGGCCAGGCCAGAGGAAUGGCCACAAAGGCUAGAAUCGCCGCUUACAAGAUCUGCUGGAAAUACGGUUGCUUUGAUUCCGACAUCCUCGCCGCCAUGGACGAGGCUGUCACCGAUGGUGUUCACGUGAUUUCCCUUUCCGUCGGCGCUUCUGGUUACGCGCCGCAGUAUUACCGUGACUCAAUCGCUUUGGGAGCUUUUGGCGCUGCUAGUCACAAUGUUCUGGUUUCGUGUUCUGCUGGGAACUCAGGGCCUGGUCCUUACACCGCUGUGAACAUUGCACCGUGGAUUUUAACAGUUGGAGCUUCCACCAUCGAUCGAGAGUUUCCUGCUAAUGUUAUUCUCGGGGACGGAAGGGUUUUCCGUGGGGUGUCUUUGUAUUACGGUGAAAGUUUGCCUGAUUUUAAGCUUCCAUUGGUUUAUGGUAAAGAUUGUGGAAACAGGUACUGUUACUUGGGAUCUCUGGAACCUUCUAAAGUUCAAGGGAAGAUUGUUGUUUGCGAUAGGGGUGGGAAUGCUAGGGUUGAGAAGGGGAGUGCAGUGAAGCUUGCUGGUGGGUUGGGAAUGAUUAUGACUAACACUGCAGAGAAUGGUGAAGAGCUUCUUGCUGAUGCACAUCUUUUGGCAGCUACUAUGGUGGGUCAAACUGCAGGGGAUAAGAUCAAGGAGUACAUAAGGUUGAGUCAGUACCCAACUGCGACUAUUGAGUUUGAAGGAACUGUGAUUGGGAGUUCUCCUUCUGCUCCUCAAGUUGCUUCAUUUUCUAGCCGUGGACCCAACCGUCACACUUCGGAGAUUCUCAAACCUGAUGUUAUUGCUCCUGGUGUUAACAUUUUGGCAGGGUGGACGGGGAGAGUGGGGCCUACGGAUUUGGAUAUUGAUCCUAGGAGGGUUGAGUUUAACAUAAUUUCGGGGACUUCUAUGGCUUGUCCUCAUGCUAGUGGCAUCGCUGCAUUGCUUAGGAAAGCCUAUCCUGAGUGGUCACCUGCAGCUAUUAAGUCUGCUUUGAUGACAACUGCUUAUAAUGUGGAUAAUUCUGGAGGGAAUAUCAAGGAUCUUGGAACUGGGAAGGAGUCAAAUCCGUUUAUUCAUGGGGCUGGUCAUGUUGAUCCCAAUAGGGCUCUUAACCCUGGAUUGGUUUAUGAUUCUGAUAGUAAUGACUAUUUGGCAUUUUUGUGCUCAAUUGGGUAUGAUGCUAAUCAGAUUGCGGUUUUCACUGGAGAGCCUGCUGCUGCAAAUGUUUGUGAAGGGAAAGUGGGUAGGACUGGGAAGUUUGCUAGUCCGGGUGAUUUGAAUUACCCUUCUUUCGCUGUGGAGUUGGGCGGGGUAAGUGAUGUGGUUAAGUAUAAAAGGGUUGUUACUAAUGUGGGAAGUGCUGUUGAUGCUGUUUACACUGUGAAAGUGAAUGCUCCACGGGGUGUUGAAGUUAGUGUGUCCCCCAGAACACUUGUGUUCAGUGGUGAAACCAGGACACUGGCAUUUGAGGUUGCGUUUAGUAGAGUUACACCCGAUACUUCUGAGAGUUUUGGGUCAAUUGAAUGGACUGAUGGAAGUCACGUUGUAAGGAGUCCAAUUGCUGUUACAUGUAAAUGGACUGACGAUUCCUCAUCAUCCCUUUGA